AGAUCUCUCUGUCUUGAAUUAAGGGAGGAACUAGCAUGACUGAAGGUGACUGUGCUCCCAUUUUUAGAUGCAUUCCCAGUCCAUACCCAGUGAUUCCUCCUGGGCUGACAUCACUGUAUCUACUGUGCUAUUUAAGCGGCAACAGGGCAGAGCCAGCCUGAGCUGGGAGUCCUGCCUGCACGCGCUGAAUGCCCCUUUGCUUCAUUUCCAGUAGGAGACACAGAGCAACAUGCCUCCCAAGAAGGAUGCCCCAGUGAAGCGGCCAGUAGCCCCACCUGCCAAGCCCGCAGCUAAACCAGCUGCAGCAAAGCCAGGGGCCCCAGCAGCAAAAGCCGCAGCACCGGCACCAGCACCAGCGCCGCCGCCACCAGCACCAGAGAAACCCAAGGAGCCCCCUAUUGACCUCUCCAAAGUGGUGAUUGAGUUCUCUAAGGAGCAGCUGGAGGAUUAUAAGGAGGCCUUUGGGCUCUUUGAUCGGGUCGGCGAUGGCAAAAUCCAGCUGAGCCAGUGCGGGGAUGUGAUGAGGGCCCUGGGCCAGAAUCCCACUAAUGCUGAGAUCAUGAAAGUCCUGGGACACCCCAAGCCUGAUGAGCUGAAUUCCAGACGAGUGGAAUUUGAAGAGUUCCUGCCCAUGUUGCAGACCAUUGCCAAAAACAAAGAUCAAGGCACCUAUGAAGACUAUGUGGAAGGGCUGAGGGUCUUUGACAAAGAAGGAAACGGCACCGUCAUGGGAGCAGAAUUGCGCCAUGUCCUUGCCACUCUUGGCGAGAAAAUGACUGAAGAAGAAGUGGACACCCUCUUAUCUGGACAUGAAGAUGCCAAUGGCUGCAUUAAUUAUGAAGCCUUUGUUAAACACAUCAUGGCAAGCUGAGAGGAUGUCAGCAAAGCUACUUAAGGAGCUGCUGAACAGCCGUUCUCUUCAGACAAGACAAGACAGUCUGUCACUGCUUAGUAGAGCCAGUAUCCCCUUUUUCUACCUUCACAUAAACACCGUAUACCAUCCAUCCCCCUUUCCCCAGUGCUGACUGCAAAGAAACUUCUAUUUAUACAGCAAUUUGGAAACAUCAGUGAGUGAUCAUCCAAGGAACCAGAAGGGUAUAGCAAAAAAUGUCACAGCCUCUGUGAGAAACAAAAAUCCUUUGAC